AUGGCGUUCAACCCCUUCAGCGUUAGCCCCUGGCUCUCGCAAUGGUACGAUUCGAGUGUUGAAUUCUGGCACUCCCAUCGAACCGAAAUCAUCUUGGUGACGGCCGUCCUCCUCAUUGCGCUGAGGGUGUACCUGCAUCUCACUGACAGUCCCGAACUGCCUCAAGUCUUACCGAAGCUCUAUGGGAAGGUAACAGAGCAGACAUCUCUGCCAGCAGGCAAGACCGGCGAUGCAAAAUCCGUCAAAUCAGGUGGCCCGCGCAGGAUAAGAGGGGAACUGCCCAAGCGCAAGAGCUCGGGGACACAGUCGGAAAAGAGACAGAUCAAGACACUCGUUUUCUACUCGUCCCUUACAACCAACACCGACAAGACCGCAAAAGACUUUGCAAAGAAUCUUGCUCGGUUGUUGGAAAACGUUCCGAGGCAGCCACAAUGUUCCUUCGUGGAGCCUGAAGCACUGGACCUGGCCGAGCUGGAUCUAGACGAAUUCUUCAUCAGUCCGCCACAAUACGAGAAAUCGCAAGAUGUAUCGACUGAUCUCUUCUACCUGUUCCUCCUGCCAAGCUACAACAUUGAUACGAUUAACGACACAUUCCUGGAACAUCUGAAAGAGACCCACCACGACUUCAGGAUAGACACUGCGCCAUUGUCGUCGAUACUUGGCUACUCUGUGUUCGGUUUUGGCGAUAAAGAGAAUUGGCCGACCGAGGAAGAGGGCUUCUGUUUCCAAGCAAAAGAGCUCGACAAGUGGAUGGCGAAGCUCACUGGCCGCAAGCGAGCGUAUCCUCUAGGCAUGGGUGACACAAAGCGCGAUGCCUCCGAGAGACUUCACGAGUGGGCGGCUGGACUACUUGAUGUGCUAGCUGUGCUAGCACAGAAUGGAUCCCUCGGAGAAGGCGUCCCCGGGUCAGGAGACGCUGUGGAAAGCGACGACGAAGCUGAUGUCGAUCAAGAUGACGAAGAAGUCUUAGUCGAAGGUGGACCGCAGGGUCGACCGGCCAGGUCGAAGUUAACAAGUUCGUUGGAUGAUAUGGAAGACCUGGGACUUGUCUUGCAGAAUGCCAAGAAGGAUGGAGCGUCCAAGCCAGCCGCCCCGCUGGCUAUCGACUUCACGACCACCUCCAAGAGGAAGACUCCGGUGCAGACUGUCAAGGAGAUGGUGCCAAAGGGCUCACCGACGUACAACUCCUUGACAAAGCAAGGAUACUCGAUUGUUGGCAGCCACAGCGGUGUCAAAAUCUGCCGGUGGACAAAAUCUGCCCUCCGUGGGCGCGGCUCCUGCUACAAAUUCUCAUUCUACGGUAUAAACUCUCACCAGUGCAUGGAAUCAACGCCGUCUCUUUCAUGUUCCAACAAGUGCGUCUUUUGCUGGCGUCACGGUACAAAUCCGGUCGGGACCACCUGGAGAUGGGUGGUCGAUCCUCCAGAUCUCAUCUUCAACGGUAUCAAGGAGAAUCACUACAAAAAGAUCAAGACGCUGCGGGGCGUGCCUGGUGUUCGAGCGGAGCGUUUCGCAGAGGCCAUGCGCAUCCGCCAUUGCGCACUGAGUCUGGUCGGAGAGCCAAUCUUCUACCCCCACAUCAACGAGUUCCUCGGCAUGCUACAUAAGGAGCAUAUAAGCAGUUUCCUCGUGUGCAACGCACAGCACCCGGAUCAGUUGGCUGCGCUGAAGCAUGUCACACAAUUAUACGUGUCGAUCGACGCCUCGAACAAGGACUCGCUACGCAAGAUAGACAGGCCUCUGCACCGCGAUUUUUGGGAGCGCUUCCAGCGGUGUCUGGAGAUUCUGCGAGAGAAGCGGUUUCAGCAGAGGACAGUUUUCAGACUUACGUUGGUCAAGGGAUUUAACAUUGACGACGAGGUGGCGGGCUACGCAGAUCUCGUGGAGAAGGCUCUUCCAUGCUUCGUAGAGGUCAAAGGUGUCACUUAUUGCGGCACCUCGACUUCUUCCAACGCAGGCCUCUCCAUGGCCAAUGUGCCCUUCUACGAAGAAGUGUGUGAAUUCGUUACGGCUCUGGAUCGUGAGCUCGAACGCCGUGGUCUGCAGUACGGGAUCGCCGCGGAGCACGCACACAGUUGUUGCAUCCUUCUUGGAAGUGAAAGAUUCAGGGUCAAUGGAAAAUGGAGGACGCUUAUCGACUACGACCGGUUCUUUGAGCUCCUCGAAGAGAGAGGCCCAGACGGUGACUUCUCGCCCGAGGACUACAUGGGUGAAGAGACCCCGGAGUGGGCCACCUGGGGCAAUGGCGGGUUUGAUCCCAGAGACCAGAGAGUUGACAGGAAAGGUAGACCAUUGGAUAUCUGAAGUUAAAAAUUGGAUUCAUUUGAUGCAC